UUGUACAUUACAUAGAGGUAUGUAUACACAUUACUUCGCAUCAAUUAAAUAUCAACGACGCCUUCACACAAACACAUUCAUACAUGUUAUAUACACACGAAACUAAGCAGUUGGCCAACACGCCACGUCCUUCUCUUCAUAUAUACUAUUAAAGAUGCGGACAAUUUAAUUUUGCUGUUGUGCAUUUAAUACCUUUUUUUUUUCUCUUCUUUUUAUUGUCCAUGUUCUUUCAACAUUCCGUUCUCGUCCCUCUCCCACUUUUUCAACCUCCAGUGUUGCGCCGUUCACAGAUCCGGCGCUUCUUUGAAAGAAUGCCACCUCAUUCCAGUCCUCACCCUCAGAACAAUUGUGGUACAUAAAGUUCUCGUCUCUGACUAUCCCCCGCCUUGCUACAUUUCUCGCCGUCCAGGAUUCGAUUUGCACAUCUUGGGUAUCGCACUGAUGAAAACAUGAGUUCUGUAACGUUCACAAGGACUUCGACCACUCCAAUACUGGGCACGAAUGGCACCAUGUCCUCUAAUACAAGUAAUGACCACUGGUCGUCUGCGAAGGAAACCAGUACGAACAUGUUUAAUGGCAGCUCGGGUGCAGGAAAGCUGCCAUAUCGCCACAUAGAUGAUUUGGUGUCUGUUGGCGUCGACCUCGACCCUCAUACCCCUCUACGAAAGAUCCUUGAGCUUGGAGAUGCUCAUAUGCGGCAGGCAACAACCUAUAGCGAUUUCCGCCGCCCCGAUUUAGCACUGCAGGAGUACAUCAAAGCAUUUACAAUCGCCGUCGAUAAAGUACCCAAACACAAAGAUUAUCCCUCGAUGAGUUCCGACCGCGGAGACUUGAACCGCUUAUACAAAGCCCUCAAGAUGAAAAUAACUACCAAUGGAGCUACUUUCGACAAGAUUAAGGAGGAAAUCAAAGAGGAUAAUAGGCGGAGUGGUGUGCAGCCAACAAUAUCUUCUAAGCGUCCCUUCGAACUCGCCCGCUUGAACUGGCCUAGCCCAUCUUCGACGCUGCAGCAGGUUCAGGCGAACCAUUCCAUAGCCCCCCAAAAUAAUGGACUUAUAAAUGAAGUAGAAGCUCUAAAUAGAGUUGAUAUUACAGACGAUGCUGGCGGCAACGCGGCUGGGGGACGUAGGCGAAAGCCAACGAUACAACCAAAACCACAAGCAUUGCAUGGAAAAGCUAUUAAGCAGACCCCAAAAGACCUCCCCGAAGAUCUUGCAAAUAGGUUUGCGCGGUUGCGUGAUACUCAAAAGCCUCGAAACGCCACUAAAGCACUCGACCAGGCCCAAUCGGCCGGUACUGAAGAGUCCACUCCAAGUCAGGCCUUGCCUUCAGUUGAUACAUCUAUAUUAACGAUGCCAAAGCUCCCGGAAGCCAUCUAUAGUCCCGCGAGAGGUACCGUGACUAGUGAGAUCGCUAACCUUCCAUCCAGCACCCCUCGUGGUAUGUUCAGUCGGACAAAUUCGAUUACCUCGGCCCCCAGCGUCUCAGCUCGCAUAUCGACGGAAAACGCCAUCAGGGCCUUUAGCAAAGAACAGUUUGUUGCGGCCCAUUCUUAUCGGGUCACCCAACCCUCAGCUACGCUAACGGAAUUUCAAAUUCCAGACGGCGACGACAUCACAGCCGAAACACUUCAAGGUCUCAUAAACAAGUACCCUCAGAUUGACGUUUUGGUAAUUGAUGUUCGGGAUCGUGAGUCUUUUGACGAGGGACAUAUCAAAUCAGCUAAGACGAUUUGUAUCGAGCCUGAGAUUCUUAUGCGAGAGAACAUAUCCGCAGAUGAGAUUGCUGAUAGCAUGGUUCUUGCCCCUCCAAGUGAGAGGCUCGCGGUUGAGCAACGCGACAAGGUUGACUUGGUGGUUAUCUACGAUCAGGAUAGCGCUUCAAUAUCGUCUAGGAUAACUGGAGAUUCUUUAGAAAUGGUCCUGUACAAUAUCCGACAAGCCCUAUCGUACUAUAGCUAUAGCCGACCGCUCAAACGCGCCCCAAAGCUGCUGAGCGGUGGUCUGAACUCGUGGGUGGACAAAUUUGGAGAGCAAUCUCUUGAGGCUUCCAAGACUAUGUCAAACUACGUGUCUCCAAGCACGGCUUCGAGGCAAAGGUACGGCGACAGAAAACGAUCCCGGACCAAGACCCUUAAUCAAGAUGAGAUUAGUCAAUUCGAGGAUAUGAUCAAAACUGACCAGAUGGGACUUGACACUUUCGACUAUGUCAAAACAAGGGAAGACUUUAUCCGUCGUUAUCCUAGUAUAACAGGCGACCCUGAAUCUAUGACUUCUAUCAAGGAGGACUUGGAUUCACAGGAAGACUUCCUAGCCAGCAUAGCUCCCACACCUCCUAAGCUACCGGCACCUGCUAUCCCAAGAACUAGGUACAGUGGCUUAGAAUCUAGAGAUGACGACUCGGGUGUUGGUGGCAUUGCCAUGCCGGCAGCACCCGCAGAACGAUUGGGGCCUGGCCAACUUAUAACUGGACUCCGGAACCUUGGAAACUCAUGCUACUGUAAUUCAACCCUACAAGUAUUACUUGCUUCACCUGGGUUCAUCAGCAAUGUAUUGGAUGAUAAAUGGCCUCUAGAUUGGCGUCAAGCACACGAAGAAACAAGCAAGAGAGAGCCUGCUUCAGCACAGCUACUGUCCAAGAUUUUAAAAAACACGUUUAUGUGGCUGCACAAGAAGCGGCUCAAAGAAGCGACACCUGAUGCACUUCUGAAAUAUAUGCGUUCUGUCAGCGGAGGAUACGUUGCGGAUGGCAGGCUUCUCAAACUAGGAGAUCAUAAUCAACACGAUGUCGACGAGAUGUUUAAUUUCGUCUUUGACCAAGUUGCAGCUGAAACAAACGUGAGCCAUCGUUUCGUCCGUUCAAUAGAGAGAAUCAAGGUACCGAGCGGGACGCGCGCGGAUGUCAAAGUACUGGUGGAAAGUUAUAUAAAACAAUGGAGGCAGACCCAACCUCAAUCCUUUAUUGAUGCCUAUUGGUUGUUAUUUCUAUUGGCUGAACGAAAGUGCGAUACGUGUGGACAUUUUUCGUAUGGUCGAGAUACGUACCGUUCCCUGAUGGUAGCAACUGAUGCAGACCAAUAUUCCUAUGGACCGCUUCAACUUGUCGACAUGUUGCACUACACCUUUGGCCCCGAACAAAUCGACAUGAAUUGUGGCAAUAAGGCAAUCAAAUGCAAAGGUCCAAAAGCUCAUAUGACCACCAAAAUCGCGAGGAUGCCUCGCUUACUGCGCCUAUAUAUAAGAAGACAAGGGAGGAAUGGCCCCCAAAAGGAUGUUAAACCUAUCACCUUCCCCCUUGAGCUUGACCUAGGGCCUUACAGCUUCGAUUCACAAGCGCGAGAAGAGGCGGCUAAAAUUCUAGGUGAAAAUUUUAGUGAGGGUUUCUCAUGUCCUACUAAGUACGAGCUCUACGCCAUUCAAGUACAUCUUGGCGCAUCCUCCACCUCAGGUCACUACUGGACCUGGAUCAGGGGCGAGGGGAAGGACACGUGGAUUAAAUGUAACGACACCAUCAUAACGCCGUACUCUGGGGAUGCCUGGAAAAGGGAGCUCAAUAGGAUGUACCAGUGCCACAAUAACGAGACGCCCGUCCAGCUGCACUAUAAGCGUAUCGAUGUUCCCUUCACUUGAGACCAAUAUAGGGAAAGAUGAGGUGUCUAGACAAUUGUGAUUUCUGGAAUAUUAAUAAUUAUAAGAUGCAAAUCACGCGGUGUCGUAUCAGCAAGAAUACUACUGCCAUAAGCGAUACGCUGAAGGGCGGCUUUGAAUACUCGGAUCGGUACUGCCACGGGUUAAAUAUAUUGGUAUUCUCCCCCCACUACCUUAGUAGAUAGAUGGUCUUGGAAGAACGUUUUGGGGGUUUGGUAGAUGGACGCUUACAUUAUAUUUGGAAGCGCGGCGUUGUAGAGGGAACGCUAGACACUGAAUUCCUGUCUUUUUAUUUAUUUUACCUUCUUUACCGUCCUUUUCUCUUUUUUCUCUGCCGACUUCGAGUUUGGCUAUGCUAUAUGUGGUCAUAUGUAUAGGUGUAGUGCAAUAUAUACUAUAGGUGGUUUAAUAAAUAAACGUUAUUGCUAUAUCAAUAAGUCGAGGAUUAUGAUGAAAAAACUAGCCUAGUUAUUAUAGUUCCUGUUAUAAUCUACA